AUGUUGUUUAUUCUAGUGAACGGAGCAGAUAAAUCCAACAGCCGUGUUCUGGAGUAUUUCAGCCUGAAGUCUGCAGAUCUCCCCCGGGUCGGCCUUUAUGACGUCACGCUGGACCAGAAGUGGCUGAUGGCGGCGGGAGAGAUCACUACUGAGCGCGUGCAGAACUUCUGCGACUCCUUCCUGGAUGGUGAACUGCAGAAGCAGAGAGACGCUGAAGACAAAACUGAGCUCUGAUCAGAUGUGUUUCUGCAUUAAAACAGGAUCUGAUGCUAAAGCUGCAGCAGUGAUGUGUGUGUGUGUGUGUGUGUGUGUGUCUGGCUGCCAUAUAUAUAGUGUGUAUUCGCCACACUGUGAGGCUGUAAACUCAUGAUGGAGAAUAAAGACACGCAGCUUUAAAUCUGC